AUUAUUAUGUGAAUCGGUAACCAGGAAAAUUGAUUAUAUUAAUAAUAUCCCGUUGACAUGGGUCAAAACAGUAAAUUCACAUUCACAUUUUUCAAGUUCAUAGCAGUACCCCACACACACGCAUGUACAAUACACACAGUCUAUAAUAUAUUCCCCCGCCUUUCCAAUUCCACCUCCAUAUAACCGUCUCUUCAACAACUUCACACACUCACCGCAAGUGGUGUGUGGAAAACAUAUAUAUAUAUAUACUUACACUGUAUUUAUACGUAACCAUCACAUCAUAAAUCAAAUACACACAGAGGGGGAGAUGGCGAUGACGAAGAACGGCAGCGGCGGUGGAUUAACUUUGUCGAUCGUAAUCUCAGUGGUUUUAGCAACAUCUGUAGCCGUUAUUUUUGUCAUCGGAAUCUUCUUCUCCGACGACGGAGCUAACGGAUUCGGGUCGUUUAAUAAUUCGGGUUCUGAUGAAGCAGAUCAUCAAUUGAAGAUACCAAUGGUGGAGUUGAUCACUGCUGCUGCGCGUGAUGAGUCCAUAGCUGUGCUUUCUUCUGAAUUCUCAUCCAAAUCCAAGCCAACUGUCAAAAGAAGAGCAAAUAGUAAUAAUAAAAAGGAGCAAGGAUUAGCAAAAUCAAGAGCAGCAAUUAGAAAAGCAGCUUCUAACAGAAACCUAUCAUCGGCAAUCAUCAAUAUCAACAGUAAUGGCAGCAGCAUUCUCUCCUCAUCAACAAUCUAUCGAAACCCCACUGCGUUUUUCCAGAGUUACAAGGAAAUGGAAAAAAGAUUCAAGGUUUACGUAUACGAAGAAGGGGAGCUACCAAUAGUACACGACGGUCCAUGCAAAGACAUAUACACUAGUGAAGGAAGAUUCAUACACGAGAUGGAGCAUGGUAACAAUCGGUUUAGGACAAACAAUCCACGAGCAGCCCAUGUCUACUUCAUGCCUUUUAGCGUAACAUGGAUGGUCAAAUACCUGUACACCCCCGACACGUACAAUCUCACCCCACUCAAACAGUUUGUUUCUGAUUACGUCAAACUCAUCUCCGUAAAACACCCCUUCUGGAAUACUACUCAAGGCGCUGACCAUUUCAUGCUCUCUUGCCAUGACUGGGCACCUCAUGCGUCACGAGGAAAUUCAUUUCUAUACAACACAUCGAUUCGUGUACUGUGCAAUGCAAACUCCUCUGAAGGAUUCAAUCCACAGAAAGAUGUGAGCCUGCCUGAAAUUCAUCUCUAUGGCGGCAAUGUAAAUCCCAAGCUGAUUUCACCUCCACCCUCCAAUCUUUCGAGACCCUUCCUUGCCUUCUUUGCUGGUGGGCUCCAUGGCCCCAUUAGGUCAAUUCUCCUACAGCAUUGGAAGGGCAGAGACUCCGACCUCCGUAUUUACGAAUACCUCCCUAAAGAUCAAGAUUAUUACGAUUCCAUGUUAUGGUCAAAGUUUUGCUUAUGCCCCAGUGGUUAUGAAGUGGCUAGCCCCAGAAUUGUUGAGGCCGUUUACGCUGAGUGCAUACCUGUCAUACUAUCCGAUCAUUAUGUACUGCCAUUCAGCGAUGUUUUGAAGUGGGAGGCUUUCUCGAUACAGGUUGAUAUUUCUGAAAUCCCGAGAUUGAAAGAGAUACUUUUAGGGGUAUCGGAAGAUAAGUAUCUGAUGCUGAAGGAGGGUUUGAGAGCUGUAAGAAAGCAUUUUGUUUUGAACCAACCAGUUAAGAAAUUUGAUGUGUUUCAUAUGAUCUUGCACUCUGUAUGGCUCAGAAGAUUAAAUCUUAGGGUUGGAUAAUUAGUAUUGGAACGGUAUAGUACUUCAGGUUAAAGUUAUGAGCUCGAAUGUUGAUGCUGUACUUGUAUACUGCCCUGUAUUCUUUUGUAUCCAAAGGUAAGCAAGUUUUGUAA